AUGGUUCUGUACCUAGACUUAGCCAAGUCCUUAGCAACCAAAUUCUCAACCUUCACCAUAAAGCAAAUACCUAGGGACAAAAACACACAAGCAGAUGCCCUAGCCAAUCUGGGAUCAACCUUAAGAAAAUCCAAAUUCUCCUCUAUCCCUUUGAUCCACCUGUUAGCUCCUUCUGUUGACACAACCAACCGCCCACCUAAACCUAGCGUCCCAGAACCUGUAAAACCCGAUCCAGACAAUCCAGAAACGCCCAUACCCACUCCAAACCAACCUGUUAAGAUCGAACCUGAAGAACCCAACUUCGUUGCAUCUGUGACCAACCCAACCAGCUGGACACAACCUAUAUCCGAUUACCUAGAACACGACACAUUAUCGGAAAACAAAGCAGAAGUAAGAGCACUCAGAUUUAAAGCCAGCAGAUACACGAUCAUCCAAGGUGUCCUAUUCAAAAAUUCCAUCAGGGGUAUCUUGCAACGCUGCAUAAGGGAAGAUGGCUACGAGCAGAUCCUCAAAGACUUUCAAGACGGAGAAUGUGGAGCCCAUUCAGCUGGAAGAACUUUAGCUAACAGGAUACUCGCCUAUGGGUACUACUGGCCAACUUUGCGAGAGGACGCUCAUAGGUAUGUACGAAAAUGUGAUAGCUGUCAGCGACACUCAGGUAUUACUCAUAAACCCUCUAUGCCUCUGCAUCCCACUUUGACACCAUGGCCUUUCAUGAGAUGGGGCAUGGACAUAGUAGGCAAAUUACCUGCUGCCCCAGGUCAGAAGGUCUACAUGUUAGCUCUAACAGAUUACUUUUCCAAGUGGAUUGAAGCAGACGCGUUCCAACAGGUCAGAGACAAAGAAGUUAUCAACUUUAUCUGGACUAACAUAAUCUGUAGGUUCGGAGUACCAUCUGAAAUAGUGUGUGACAACGGGUCCCAAUCCAUAAGUGCCCCAACCAAAAACUUCUUCGACAAAUGGAACAUCACGUUAGUCACCUCUACACCCAGAUAUCCUCAAGCAAACGGACAAGCCGAAUCCAGCAACAAAGUUAUCAUUGGGUCUUUAAAAAAGAAGCUAAAGGACAAGAAAGAGCGUAAUACCGAAGAGCUGUCAAAUGACCUAGAUACCAUAGAAGAACGAAGAGACCUAGCUCGCAUAAGGAUGGCCACCUAUCAGCAAAUGGUAGCUAGAAGCUUCAAUAGAAACGUCAAAGCUAGGAUGUUCAAAGUGGGAAAUUGGGUUCUAAGGAAAGUUUUCCAAAAUACCCAAGAGCUCAACGCAGGAACAAGAGAAGAUAACCAGAGACAAUCUGAAAAGCAGCAGUAUGACACAAGAAGCAAAAGUAAUUUCACAAUCCUUUGUCCAUCUAGUUUCCAUAACUCGUACUAA